UAGCCGCUGCAACCCUCUUCAGUCUUCAGCGACGCAGCGGUCUGGCAGGUGGACGCAGGGAACGCGUCGGAAACCGAGUGGAAGGCUGGAGCUCUCACCUGCACAGGCGAUGCCCAACCAUUGCCGUGACCUUGAGGAGAACCCGGCACGGUCGUCUCGGAGGAAAUUAUCCGAUUCCGCGAUGGAGGCCGCCACUGCGCCCACCAACAAGCAGGCCCGCACGGCCGCUUGGGCCGCAUCUCAGCACGCGGCAACGGCGUCGUCGUCCUUGCCGGUGCCGCCGCCUCACCGGCCGCCGUCGCCGCAACCGCCGGCGCACCCCGGAGCCGGCGAGCCCCGGUUCGACUCCGGGUCGGACGCGGCGGGCCGAGGGUUCGACGAGGAGUACGAGGUGUCGUCCGUGCUGAGCGACGAGUACUACCUGCACGACGGGAUGGGCGACGGCGACGACGAUGAGGAGAGCCCCUGCGAGACGGAGUUUGUGGGUGCGGAUGCAGGAGGCCUCGGCUCUGCCGUGCUUCGUGCACACACGGCCUUUCCCAGCGGCAGCUGGCGUUGCAGCGAGUGCCUCAUCGUGAACCUGCUGUCCCACCGCUACUGCCUCUACUGCUGGUCCCCGCGGAGAGACUCGCAGAGAGACUCGGGCAUCUACCCGGGCAGUGACUCGGACGAGGAGGAGGACGACGAGGAGGUGGCAGCGGUGGCUCUGGCCGACGCCGAGGUGGGAGCGCAGGAGGAGGACGUGGAGGUGGUGGACGAAGAGGAGGACGAAGAAGGGGACGGAGAAGGGAACGGAGAAGACGCGACGGCCGUUGGACAUGGCGGCGGUGGGGUCAAAAUGGCUGCCAGGGUAGCUAAAAUGGCCGCCGCCGCUGCUGCUGCUGCAAAGCGCCGCGGAAAGCAGCAGCAGGAGGCUUCGACGGCGGUAGCGGCCGCCACCGAGGAGCGAGCGGUGGCCGGGCUGACGGAGACGUGCGUGAUCUGCCGCGUGCGCCGACGGGACGCGACGAUCGUGCACGGGGGAACGGGCCACUUGGUGUCGUGCUUCGCCUGUGCCCAGAGGCUCCACGGGCAGCACAGGCCGUGCCCCGUGUGCCGGGGCCCCAUCCAGCUCGUAAUCCGCACGUUCGUGUCGUAGUCCGCCAAAGAAACUAUUACAAAAGUUAUUUUAAACUAUUUUUUUCUAACAAAAAUGUUUUUUUAUCGGGUAAGGUCCCCACUGUGUUGUGUAGCUUAUUUUAUUCAGAAGCGACCUGGCAGCUCAACGAAGUUGCUUUUCAAUCGCGCGGCAAUUUCGAGUUGCAGCCAAAUACCUAAAAUGCGUCAUCAAUUCUAAAUGCGGGGGGAACAAAAUAAAAACCGGACGACCCGGCGAGAAAAAUCCACGCAAAAGACCAAGUGUCAAAGGUCAUCUUCCCCCGUAUUGCCUGCCGGGGCAGUUGUUUUUACAAAACACUGCACCAGGUACUCGUUUGAGUCGACCUGUACGUACGUAAGUAGCCAACCGUCACUAAUCGGAGAGGUGCAGGGGGAACGAAGAACAAUGUACAGUUUAUCUCGUAGGCUUUCACGACCAAUAUUAUCCAUAAUCGAGGUGUUAGAUGGCUAACCCCCCCCCCCACCCCCCCAAAAAAAAACCUCUGUUACGGAUCAACAAUGUACAUUGAACUUCUUGCGGACCAGACGUAGCCAAACCAUUGCUCAUCGGAGGUGCGGGGGGAAGGACAGGACCUGGGGGGGGGAGGCCCGUGACCGGUUCGGACAUUCUUUGCCGAUGUUCUCCGUAACACGGUCAACAAAUUUUUGGCGCCGCAGGGUUGGAACGUGUCUGCUCUUUCAGGAAUGUUUAGGGAAUGUUUGUUUGGCGGGGGGCGGGGGGGGUCGGGAGGGGUUAUGCCACGUCUUGUGUUUUUGUUUCGUGGUUCAUUGUGAAUUUUUUUUAUUAUAAUUUUUUCGUUUCAACGGUUGUUGUUGUCACGCCACGCGUUUCGUUCUCAAACCAAAAACCAUCCGCGCAGACGCCCGCAUCUUUAACGUCGUUUUGCGUCUGGAGCACCGAAGCGGGCCGUCGCUGCAAGGAUGCAAGAGAACUUGGAAAGACAAUCGGCAAUCUGCAGCACACGGCCUGGCGAGCGUCAGAUGCAUGCAUGCACAGGCACGCACAGGGUACCGCACGGAGCAGAAGACCCGGACGGCAGAGUCCCCCCUCCCCACGCGCAACCGUUGGGAAACACGUGGCCGGAUUCAAAGCUUGCCUUGAUGUUCUGAGGAUUGAAUGGAGUCCCUCGGGAUUUGUUGAAGUCUUUUUUAUGACCUUGGAUCACUUUCCCCCCCGAAAACAAAAGUAAGAUUCCAAGAACACAGGAUGAGAUGUUACUAUCCUUUGUGCAAGCACUUCCAAGAGUUCAUGAAUAGUGAGCCUGGUGACAUUUGGGGAGCGCAUCGUCAGUAGUGAACCUUUGGUUCCCAGGGUGUUUCGGCCUUUCUCACUAUACACCCUCCCCAAAGGCGGCCAGCGACAGGGUGAUCAAUCCUACGCUUGCAUCCCAUUCCCAAUUAGUCAUAGGAGUUGCCUUGUUGUUGAUUUGACGGAGCGGUUUCAAAAAGUAAAUGAAUAUAUUGUGCUUGAGUUCAUGUUUGGGGACAGGUUUAGAUAUUUUUCACGUUAAAUUUGUCGGGAUAUCCUGUAUUGUGUUCGGUUAUUAUACUUCAACCACAAUGUUUUUUUAUUAAUAUUAUCGGGUGCAAUUGCAAACAACGGCCAUGUCAGACAUGCAGCAAAUCUGGCUGUGACGGUCCCCACCUGAUGACGGAGACUUGUGUUGCCUCCGAAACGUCGUUAUUUUUUUUAUUUUUAAUUAAUUUUAAUUUCAUUUUUUAUCUACAUGGUGACUUUACCGAAAGAACUAAGAGUAUGAAUCCCUGCAGUCACGAAAGCUUUACAUUGCUAUCACGUCGUUUUCCGGACUGCAAGACGCGUCUUUUAAUCCGGUAGAUGUGGAGCUGUUAGCUGCACUGCAAACCCCGAAGAAACGAGUUGGAUUCCCGCUGACGGCCAACGCCGGUGGCGAUUAUCUGCGCCGGUCAUGGGACUCCCCCUAGGUCGACUCGGCCUCAAAUGAGUACCCGGUGCGGUGUGUAGCUAAACAUCGCCACUGCGGUGACAAAGGCGGCCGGGCGUGGUGCUGGCCACCCACCCACCUCGUGUGCCACAGUGCCGGCCUUCAUAGGUGCUGCUCGCUAACAGCACUUGCCCCUACAGUCUGUUCAAGCCUAUGCGGGGGAUCUUUGCCUUUGUGUGUGUGUGUGUUAGUCACCCGAUUUGUGUAACGUUAUUGACACCAAGAGACCGCAUACACAUUCCGGUCGAGUAUGGUGGCACGCAAGUCACGUUCACCGGAAUUACAAACGCACGGAUGAUGUAUAUGAUAUGCAUGCUUUGAUUUCUCAAGUGUAUUAAUGUAUAGCCAAAGUUUGGCCGUACCUUUGAAGGUUUUUUGUUUUGUUUGUUUGAUGAUGUACGAUAAAGGAAUACCUCAUGUUCA